AUGGACGAGGCGGUUGAGUCGGAGGCCAAGAAGCUAAAGAAGCUUGCUGCGGCAGAGGACAAGAAGGCAGGGGUGGAACAGGAGAAGUUUGUUGCGUUUAGUGGGUCUGCGAGGCGGCUGAGUGGUGGAGGAAGAGGUGUUCAUCAGAAAGAAGAUUCGGCUGUCAAGGUAACCGAUGGAGGUAAGAUGGAGAAGAAAGAUGGGAAAGCAGAAAGCUUUGGUGCGAAGAAGGAACCCUGCAAGCCAUUUACAGGAAGGAAGCACACGUUGAUGGAUUGA